AUGGAACAGCUGCCCAAUAAUGUCAUCAUUGUUAUAUUUUCUCAUUUGAACUUGGCUGAUCAAAAGGCUGUUGCUCUCGUCUGCAAGAAAUUUUAUCGGGCUGCCUCAUCUCACUAUUUGAUGUCAUCUCGACGAUAUCAUUUUCGACAGCCCAUUCGUGAAAUUUACUUCCUAUUUUGUGAUGAUGGCUCUUUUCCUAUUGGGUACCAAUCUGGAAUUUCUUCAUCUAUUUCACAGUUUGCGCCAUUUUUCUAUAACCUUUCUUUUCAGAACUCUAAUCCCUUGCAUUCAGAUCUAAGCGAGCUCUUGAAGUAUUGCAUAAAUCUUGAAUCUCUUUGUCUAUCUGGUUGCAAUUCUCUUUUCGUAAAUUUAUCUAGUACCUCUCCUCACCCUCACAGGCUUGAUAUCCGUACAUUAAAUUUUUCUUCAACGUCUAUUGACAAUAACUCACUUCUUGCUCUCGCUGAAUGCCCUGGUCUUGUUCUGCAUGACGAUCAUAUUCUUCUUAUAACGGAAGCCUACGAAGGACGUCUGCGCCAUCUUGAUAUCUCAUCUUGCCAUAGAUUAACUGAUGUUUCAAUGAUCGCGAUUUCCCAAAAGCUAUCUGAAAGCCUAGAAGUACUAAAUGCUGCCUGGUGCCGAGGCUUUACUGAUAAAGGCAUACUCGGAGACUUAGAUAUCGGUCUUCAUGGUCUCAGACAAUUGACCCGACUGCGCUCUCUUAAUUUAUCGGACUGCCCCUUGAUUACUCAUAAAUCGCUUUUGCCUUUGAUCAAAUUAACUCAGUCUUCUGAAAGCUCCCCUUAUCGUUACUCUUUUCUAAACAUGACCAGCUUACGACUUGGCCGCAUUGGCACUUUGGAUGGACCUGCUAUUCUCGCUAUUUCACAGGUUGCUCCUAGGUUGUCGCUUAUCGAUAUUUCCCGCUCAAAUGUCGAUGAAGCAAGCCUAAGUAAGGAUGAUUAUCGGCGCACUGCAUUGCAUGCCUCUUCACAUUGCGGUGAAUUGGAGCUCGUACAGAUGCUUCUUAAAAGGGGUUCGCGAGUGAACGCCAAGGAUAUUCGCUGGUACACACCUUUGCAUCGAGCCUGUGCUUCUAAGGCAGUUGAAGUUGUUCGAUUGUUGCUAUUGCAUGGAGCCGACCGCAAUGCUCAUGAUAAAGCGUGGCAGACGCCUCUGCAUGUGGCUGCAGCCAAUGGGGCAGUUGAGUGCGCUGAAUUGCUUUUGCCGGAGUUGACGAAUGUGAACGCCUCUGAUCGAGGCGGACACUCUCCAUUGCACCAUGCCGUCUACUGUGGUCAUUACGAGAUAACUCGGCUACUUCUCAUGAAUGGGGCCUCGGUGAACGCUUUUGAUCGACGCGAUCGUCGUGCCAUGCAUUGGGCUGCCUACCGAGGCCAGGUCGAAGUGAGUGUUUUUAAUAAGGAAUUUUUUCAUCUUGUUGAUAUCAUCUUAUUUUCCGAAAAACUUGCAUCUAGAUUUAUUUUGUAUACAUUAAAAUGA